ACAAAAUUAAACAACAAAACAAACCUUAAGAUCAUAUCUUGAAGAGCUUUGGUUUGGUGUGAAAAUGGCUCUUGCUAUCAACGUUUCUUCUUCAUCUUCUUCUGUGAUCUCAAGCUCUAGCUUCCCCUCUUCAGAGCUCAAAGCACCACUAAUCGGUUCGUUGAGGUUAUUGGAUCGUACAAAUGUCUCUGCGGCGUCUCUGAGGCUGUCUGGGAAGCGAUCAUCCGUGAAAGCUCUAAAUGUGCAAUCAAUUACAAAGGAUCACAUGAUGGCUUCUGGUAAGUUUCUCGUUUUGAUCUUGGUUUGUUUCGUUUUGUUAAAAAGCUUGUUUAUGUUUUAUGCUAAUGAUCUUGUGCUUGGUUACAAAACAGAGAAGCUAGAUGUUGUGGAAGUAGAAGAUUUUGAAGAACUUGCCAAGAGGCUAGAGAAUGCUUCUCCUCUUGAAAUUAUGGAUAAAGCUCUUGAGACAUAUGGGAAUGACAUUGCUAUAGCCUUUAGUGGAGCUGAAGAUGUUGCUCUUAUUGAGUAUGCUCAUUUAACUGGAAGACCUUAUAGGGUCUUCAGUUUGGAUACAGGGAGGUUGAAUCCAGAAACAUACAGACUCUUUGAUACCGUGGAGAAACAUUACGGUAUUCGAAUUGAGUAUAUGUUUCCUGACGCUGUUGAGGUUCAAGCUUUGGUUAGGAACAAGGGUUUGUUCUCUUUCUAUGAAGAUGGUCACCAGGAGUGCUGCCGUAUUAGAAAGGUGAGACCUUUGAGGCGUGCUUUGAAGGGCUUACGAGCUUGGAUCACUGGUCAGAGGAAAGAUCAAUCACCCGGGACAAGAUCAGAGAUUCCAGUUGUUCAGGUUGAUCCAGUGUUUGAAGGAUUAGAUGGUGGAGCUGGUAGUUUGGUGAAGUGGAAUCCAGUUGCGAAUGUUGAAGGGAACGAUGUUUGGAAUUUCUUGAGGACUAUGGAUGUUCCUGUCAACACACUUCACGCUGCGGGUUAUGUUUCUAUCGGGUGUGAGCCGUGCACAAGAGCGGUUUUGCCCGGUCAGCAUGAGAGAGAAGGAAGAUGGUGGUGGGAAGAUGCCAAGGCUAAAGAGUGUGGACUUCACAAAGGGAACAUCAAGGAGAAUACCAAUGGAAACGCUACUGCUAAUGUCAACGGGAAAUCCACAGUCGCGGAUAUCUUCAAUAGCGAGAAUGUUGUGAACUUGAGUAGGCAAGGGAUUGAGAAUCUGAUGAAGUUGGAGAACAGGAAAGAGGCUUGGAUCGUUGUGCUUUACGCACCGUGGUGCCCAUUUUGUCAGGCAAUGGAAGCUUCAUUCGAUGAAUUGGCAGAUAAGUUGGUUGGUAAUGGCGUGAAGGUUGCAAAGUUUAGAGCUGAUGGUGACCAGAAGGAUUUUGCGAAAAGUGAGUUGCAGCUUGGAAGCUUUCCGACAAUACUUGUGUUCCCAAAGAACUCGUCAAGACCUAUCAAGUAUCCAUCAGAGAAGAGAGAUGUUGAUUCUUUGACAUCGUUCUUGAAUCUUGUUCGGUGAAACCUCAAAACAUCCGUCGACUUUACUUUACGAUGAGAAAGAGAUCAAUAAAAAACCUUUCAGUCUCGUUCCAGAAUGCUAGAACAGAUGAAGGUGGCGAUGAGGUUCUCUAUUGGAUCUUUAGCUUUUUUGUAUAGCUGUAUGUGGUUAAAAUGAUCACAUCAAGGUUUUUUGGCCUUUUGUGAUGUCUAUUUCUACCAAUCUUCAGUGUAUUACUCUUUUUGCCUUUGUAAUGAUAUGAACAAGUUUUCCAA